AUACUUCGUCCCGUUCCAAUCCAAUGUAUUUACAUAUGUUUAUAAACAGUGCGUAGUUUUGUAGACAAAGACUAAGAUUUUACAAUAUUUUCUCUGAAUAAUGCCAUUUCUCGGACGGGAUUGGCGAUCUCCAGGUGACCAGUGGGUACGAACGACAGAAGGAUGGGAAAAACUCAAGAUUUGGCGAGUCAAAGUAUUCGAAAACCUGAAUCAAAAUGUCGUAGCAAGAUUAAUCCGUUUAGCUUUACUAGAUAUGAAAUGUAGUCGAGAUGAUACCUAUGAAAGAAGACAGCCAUUCAUACUUUUUAACAAAGGCAUGACGAGAGAGAGAAAAGAGUUGACAUCUGUGAGUGAAGCCUUAGUGAGACUUGAUAUGACUGGAGCCGUCAAAGACAUUCGUAGAAUAAAUUAUGUUGGAAAGUUGUUAGAAUUAAUUUUGGAGAAGAAAUUUCCAGGAUUAAGUGGUACUGCCCAAAAACAUGUGAUAAAAAUACUAGAAGCAAUUGUUCAACAAGCUCUAGAGACAGAGUAUAAUACUGGUUUUGCAAGAGAACUAUUAACCACUGCUGAUCAAGUUCUCAAAACAAGCCAACUUUCUCAUAUUGGCAGUGAAUGUUUGUGGACAAAACAUCAAGAUACAGUGACUCGAAUGAAAAACAAGCUUGAAGAAUUUCAAGUGAAACAGAGAAAAAAUGAUGGAAAGAUGAAACUGGUUGAUUUACCAGAUGAUUGUGUACGCUGUAUUUUAUCACGUAUUGUAGACCAUAAAGAUAUUAUGAGAGCUGGCAUGGCCCAGUCAUCUAUACAUAUUUUUUCUCAGGAACGAUUAUUAUGGCAGCAAAUGUGUUUUUUUCAUUUCACCAAUCAACAAAUUAUUACAUUUCUGCCACAAGUAUUGGAUGACAAAGACAUAGACUGGAAAUUAAUCUAUAAAAGAUGUUACAAACGUUUUGGAAAAAAAGAUCUGUAUGCUGAUUGUCUAGCACUGUGUUCCAGUUGUUGUGGUAUAUACUGGCAGUCUUUGGGCCAUCCCUGUGUACAUAAAGAAAAUGUCACUUCUACUCCCUUGUCGCCACAGGACUUCCUUAAAUUAUUCAGUUUAUAGACAGAGAAAUUUUAGAAUGAUAAGAGGGAUACAACAGAGAUAUCCCAGUGCAAUUAUCAAUGCAAUAUUCUUUGAUAUCAGUAAUUGUGAUAAAUGUAAAACAACAGUUGUGAUAGACUCAAAGAGAAAUUGGACAAAGUAAAAUUUCAUUUCACAAAUUUUCAAUUAUUUAUAGUUCAGCAUAUGUCAAUAUUAUAUUCUUUAAACAAAAUAUUUCAGCAUAUGUAGAUAUUAUAUUCUCCAAACAAAAUAGUUCUGCAUAUGUAGAUAUUAUAUUCUUCAAACAAAAUAGUUCAGCAUAUGUAGAUAUUAUUCCUCAAGCAAAAUAGUAUAUAUAUAAAAUCUAUAUAUGUUUUUGAUUCGCAAAUUUUGUACUUUGUAAAAGCACAAAUUUAUUAUUGUUUUUGAAGCUUCAUUCAGCCAAUUUACUGGUGUCAAAUUAUUUUUUUAAAUGUUACAAUUAAUGUCCACUGAAAUGAAUGUGAUCUUCGUAUGCUACAUUUUUCUCUAACAGCCAAUGUAGGAUAACUGCACAACAAGUAGGGACAAAACAAGUCAAGCAGAGUAAAUAAAACAUUACAUGAGUGUGGGGGUAGGCUGAUUUAAACCCAUCAAUUUUCUUGUUUUUCUGUAUCUCAAUAUUACAUCUGAUAUUAAAGAUGCAUUAUGUAAGAGCUAAAUCUUCCUAUUGCAGGUUUUUAUUUUGACUUCAAAUGUUAUAUAUAUUAUUAUUUAGACAUUUAUUCACAUGACAAGCCUAUAAUCAGCCCUCUAGAUCAUCAGCCGGCACAGAUUUAAAUGGAUUGAAAUACAAUCGCCAUUUAAUGAUUAAAUUAAAAAAUGGAGAAGCGAGGCUAGGUCUCAAUUAACAAGUAACAUUGCUACAAUAACAAACAAUCUAUGCCACAUCUUGUCAAAACUUCAAAUAGUGAUAACUUAGCUCAAAAUAAAGUAAUUUGAAUGGAAUUUUCAAUAUAUUAAUUUUAAAUUAUCUAUUUUGGAACUAUUAUUAGAAGUACAGUCAGCUCUUUAUCAAAAUCUGACCUAAUGCAUCUUUAACUACCAUGAAACUGAUAUUGUUUUGGUUGUAUUAAGAGAAACCAGUGUUUAUGUGAGAUAGAUGAUGGGUAUGUAAUAUAGUAUCCUGCUAAUGUAAAUAUUUUCCCUUAAACAUACUACAUUCUAAUAUCUGACUGUGAAAGAUAAGGUAAAGAUUACAUUCCUCCAAAUACUAAAAAUGAUGUAACGGUUGAGUGAUAUUAUGAAACAUCUCAUAGACUAGUACAUAUUGUAGUUUGUUAUUAUAUUUCAUUAUUCAGGAUCAGUGAAGAUUGAAAAGGGUUCAUGUACAUUACAUUAUAAAAUUGUAUUUCAUCAAUCAGAAUUAGUGUAGAUAAAAAAAAUCCCAUAUUCAUUUUAGUCAAAAUUCGUGAAGAUGAAAGUAGUUUCUUAUGUAAUAAAGUAUAUUUCAUUAGUCCAAAUUAUUAUAGGACAACGGAUUAUAGAUAGAUGUACAUCAUAAUUAAUGAGAUUUUAUUGUAGUAACAUUUGAGAUCUCCAAGUCACUGACAAAGCAUUUUUUUAAUUUAUUUAUAGAUGCAUGUCAUAAUUGUGUACAAAACUGCCUUGGACUGUUAUAUUUAAGUCUUAAAAAGAUCUGUCUUAUAAUCCAAGUCUUGACUUCAUUUGUUAAUUAAGAGAAGAGAAUAAUUUUCUGCAUCAUCAAUGUAAUAGAUUUGAGUGAAUUUUAAACCUGACAAAUAAAACUAAUUUCGCACUUGGGCAUCAUAUUUUAAUGUUAUAAUCCCCAGUUUUAAUUGACUUUAAUCAUUUGUUGUUUUUUUUUUCUUUUUUUCAAAUGACUGCCAGCUACUUACAUUUUAUGAAAGUUUAAAUAAAACAGGAAAUUGAAUUUUACGAGCUCCUAUUAUGAAAUAUGCUUUCAAAUUGUUUGAAAUGCAAAAAUUAUUUUUGUAUAAAAUUGUCAUUAGUUAAUUUUUAAAAAAGAACAACUCACAAACAUAGGAACAAACUUAAAUGUGAUUACUUAUAAAUGCUUGAGUUAUUUCAGUAAUGCUUAAUUCGAUAAAAAAAAAAAUUUGUUUUUCAGUGGAAAACCAUGGAGCAAGUUCAGUUAUCAUGGUUUAUUUAUAUGUAUAUUUGCAUUUGUAGUAACUUUAAUCAGCAAGUCUUUCAAAGUGUUAUUAAUGUAAAUAUGUUAUUAUUAUAUAUUAAUAUUUAUUACCUAUUUAUUGUAUAUGGUUACUGUGCAAACUUUAAAACUGUGGAGUGUUUGCUCAAUGUUAUUGUGAUAAAUCCUAAUCAAAGUAUAUUGUAUUAGUUGAGUUGUGUAUGUAAGUGCCAUUGUUUAUCUUAUAUAUGUUUCAAGUUUUUUGUUAAUUUACUUGUAUAUAGAAAAUGUUUGAUGAAUUGAAAAAAAAAAAUUGAACUUGCUAAGUCUUUAUCUGGCUCAACUUUUUUUAAGACUAAUCUCUCAAAGAUUAUUCUUCGACGCAAUUAUAUUACAUCACUUAAAAAAACGUCUUAUGUCAAUAAGACUCAUUAUAUAUCUGAUGACAGUCGACUUAAAAGUGAAACUAAAUGAGUAAUGAUACCAUCAUUUGUAUACUGCCAAUAAAUUGAAUAUUGAACAAUCUUUCCCAGAGACUAAAGUAUACAACACAUUUAAUCAACUAAUUUCAAUUAUUUUAUUGAUCUAAAUUGCUGAAGUCAUAUCUGAAAAGAUGGACCCUAAUUCGUUUGGGUCUCGACAAAAAACUGUCUCUUUCAUUGUUGGCUUGCUUAGUGAGAUGACAAUCUGUUGUCAUUUUAAAAGUUAUGUCUAUAGAUAAAGUCAGUAAUGAAAUAUAACCGAUUAUGUGUACCACUUCUGUCUGAUCUUUCAAAACAAAAAUUUAGUUGUAUAGAGCUUGUCUCAUUACAAUCUGAUUAAAAUACAGAUCUAUAUUUCGUUUCGUUUUUUAUACUUUCGAUGGCCUACACUACAUGAAGAUCUGACAAUUUGUACUCGUAGGUCAUGUCAGGGGUAGUACUAGCGGCUUUUAAACCUAUGACGUCUGACAUUGAUUAAUCAAUCAGCAUCGGCGUUUCUAGUGGUUUACCUACAGUUCUGUGCAUGGCACGCCAAGAAGUCGUCGUAACAGACUGUGUCAUUGGCUUAUCCCUCACUUCAACCAAAACGCCGGUAAUAUAACAUCUCUUCCAGAUCCUAGUGUAAUAAAGACAAUUAAAACGGAAUUUUGAACUAUAAAAAACGAAAUGAAAUAGGAUCAGAUUGGUCUCAUUAUUGACUGAAAUAACACAGCAGAUCAAUCUAAUUCAAGACUUUAUUUUGACAAAUUCAAAUAGGCUUAGCUCCUUUAAGUAUUAUUUCAUUUGUGAUCUAAACUGUGUAACUUGAAAUUUUCUAUAAGGUAACAUAUUAUAUUAGAUAUAAAUUAUUGUACAUGUAGAGUAGACACACCAUAUUUUUAAUAUUAGUAGUCAUUUCAAGGCCAUUGUCUUUUAUAAAGGAUUGUUAAAUAAAUAUUUUAUUUUAUUAUAGUAUUUGUAAAUAUAGUGCUAGUAAGACUGUAAAUAAGUUUAAUUAUUAUGCUGUUAUUAUCAAUAUUAAAAUACUUUUUAAAUCAUUUAUUAAAUUAAAUGUCGACUUUCAAUAAAUUAUGAAAUACA